UCCAGAGUGAUGGUGAGCACCAGGCCGGUUCUGAUGGCCCGGUCCACUCUGGAGAUCUUCUUGGUUCUGGAGACGUUUCAGGCUCUGGAUCUGCUGAGGAUCCAGUUGGCAGAACCUCAGGUCCACUUAGAACCUGACCAGAACCUGCCCGGUUCGGACCGGACCUCCUGGUGUCAGCUGAACUGAAGAACCGAUUCUGGACGAUCCGGACCGGCCCAACAGAAUCAGUCUUGUGUUUCUGUUCCCCUUAUCAGGUCCAGAGGAACCUAAAGUGCUUCUGCCUUCAUUCAUUCAUUCAUUCAUUCAUUCAUUCAUUCAUUCAUUCACACUGAUGGUGAUGAGCUACUGCAUAGUAGCCACAGCCUGACCAGUUUCCAGAUGUUCUUCCUGUUCCAGUUUCCUGGAUCGUUUCCGUCACGAUGAGGCUGAGAGGAUCCAGGUUGGAGUGAAAGAAAGAUGAUUAAUGCUGAGAGCAGCACAGAUGAGCAAAGGCUCAAAACCGGUAACAACGGAAAACAUCAGACAGCAAGAAGAUUAGAUUAGACAAGACGAGGAACGAGGAACAGGUGGGAUUAAAACAAGGAGGGCGAUCAGGGAACGAGACCCAGCUGGGAACAAUCAGGGGGGUAGACACAGACACCUAAAAUAAACACAAAGGAAACUCAAAUCCUCAGUUUCAUGUCAGAAUGUUGGAUCUAUUUGGACUUUUCUCACUCAGAAAUGAUAAGAAAACAAAUAAAUAAAUUCAUAUUUAAUCUUAAAUUGAUCUGAUUUAAUCUGAAGAUGGUUGCAGCUGCUGAUAAUCUAGAUGUUCCUGCCUUCAUGGGGCAUUUCAACCCAUCCUCAGAGUGAGAAUCUGUUGGACAUUUAUAGACCAGCGGUCCCCAAACCUUUUAACCGGUCAGCCCUUCCUAAUUUUGCUGCAGGGGGGGGGGGGCAGCACUCCGAUGUUGUUUUGUUACUCAUUCUGCUGCAAGUUGGCUCAAUUUUGACUCGCAAGAAGUAGCCGGUACGGUAAAAUCCGGUUUAGGAUUUUCAAAAUAAAAGAUCCGGAAGUAGUUCAUUAUUUCUUGCGUGGCCCGGUACCAAUUGGUUCGCGGACCGGCGGUUGGGGACCACUGUUAUAGAUGAACUUCCUGUCUCUGAUUCCAGAAUCUGAAUCUACCUUCUUCAUUUCUUCUGUUUCUGAUUCUGUUAAAGGUUUUAAACUUUGACCUCACCUGGCUCUGGGAUGCGGUUGCCAUGGUAACCCCUGCAGCUCGGUGACGCCGCAGGGAGAAGAUGAAGAGGAGAUCUGGGUCUGAUCAAAGAUCAACAAACUAAACCUUCCUCCUCCUCCUCUUCCUCCGCAUGACCGGCCGGGAGGAGCUCAGCGAGGACAAGCCCAGGGUGCGGAUGCUCUCCCCGGGGUUCGGCAUCGACAAGGCCCGGCUGCACGGCUCCGGGUUCCGGUCCAAAGGCUUCGCCAUCACCGACCUUCUGGGCCUGGAGUCGGACCUGGCGGCGCGCCAGCAGCCCGCCGGGCCGCCGGGCUCCGGACCGCCCGCCGCGGGCUCCGGGACCGCCGCGGAGCCUCCGGGCCCGGCCGGCGGCCUCGGCGGCUUCUCGUUCCCGGGCGGGUCGCUGCCGCUCGGCCUGGGCUUCCUGUGCAGCCUGGCGGCGCAGCAGCCCGCCGGGGCGCCGUGCUUCCUGCCGGGCCACCUGCCGCUGCUGCAGGCGCGGCCGGACGGGCACUACCUGCAGAACCUGGAGGCCCAGCGGGACCAGUACUCCGAUGAAGAGUGUCUGUCGGACCGAAACGACUCGAAAAGCUCCGGAAACUCCCAGAAGAGGAAGAAGAGGAGACACCGCACCGUCUUCACCUCCCACCAGCUGGAGGAGCUGGAGAAGGCCUUCCACGAGGCCCACUAUCCGGACGUCUACGCCCGGGAGAUGUUGGCCAUGAAGACGGAACUGCCGGAGGACCGGAUCCAGGUAUGGUUCCAGAACCGGCGGGCGAAGUGGCGGAAGCGUGAGAAGUGCUGGGGCCGCAGCAGCGUCAUGGCGGAGUACGGUCUGUACGGCGCCAUGGUCCGCCACUCCAUCCCGCUGCCGGAGUCCAUCCUCAACUCGGCCAAGAACGGCAUGAUGGGUUCCUGCGCCCCCUGGCUGCUCGGUGAGCCGCAUGCACGUAUGCACAAGAAGUCCCUGGAGAUGGCUAAGAAAUGCUCCAGCCCGCCGCCGCCCGACCCGUUCUGCGACGCCCUGCAGCGGCGCGCCGAGGGGGCGGGGCUUCCGGAGGGGGAGGAGACGGAGGAGGAAGAGGAGGAAGAGGAAGAGGCCAUCGACCUAUCCAGCUCUGCCAAACAGCCGCAGCAGGAAGAGGGCGGGGCCUCCGCAAGGACCGCCCCCUCGCCACAGCAGGGGAGCAGCGGCGAAUCAGAGGAACACAGCUGAAGGUGGGCGGGGCCUGCUCGGACUGUAAUCUGAUUGGCUCUUCCUUCAUGAGGAGGCGUCAUCUGUUGCCACGCAAACCGGCCGCAUUAAGGCGGAGUUUAUUUAUUAUGUGCCGUAAGAUAAGCAGGGCGGCCCCACCCACCCGGGAACCAAUCAGAGAGGAGUGGGCGGGGCAAGAGGAGAGGCUGAAAGUUCUGCAGAACCUGCAGGACUUCACUGGACCGGGUUGGACUCCAGAACUCCAGGACCCGUUUGGUUCUUUCCCCCGUUUUCUACCUGUGUUGGGAGGAAACUUCCUGUCUGUUCGUGUGUUUGGAGCUCAGAAUGUAAAAUAUAAACUAUACUUACUGUUUAUGGUUGUUCUUGAUGUUAUUAUUAUUAUUACUAAAUGUCUGUACAGCCAUUGGUCACCAGAGGG